UUAGUUACCUGUGAAUAAAGUGAUUCCUAUUUGCACACAGCAGAAUUUACACAACAACUGCUCAGCAGAAUUUCGAAAAAGCCUUUACAGAACCGAAACAAAACAAACUGCAGGCAAAAGGCAGUAAGAGAAGAACACCUAUUAUGAUUGAGCAACACAUAUGUGAAGAAAAUGACAUCAAAGAAGGAGAGUAAAAUGAAACAAUUUGAACUUGGUCAGGGAAAAGUUCUAAUUACCAAGACCAAUGGAUCCAUUUCAGCUGUUAGUGCUAAAUGCACACAUUACGGAGCUCCUUUAGUAACUGGGGCAUAUAAAGAUGGUAAAGUGCGCUGUCCAUGGCAUGGUGCUUGCUUCAAUACUGUAACAGGCGAUAUUGAGGAUUUCCCUGGUUUAGACAGUUUACACAAAUACGAGGUGAAUAUUAGGAACGGUAAGGUAUUUGUGAGGGCAAAUGAAGAGACUUUCUCAGAUUUUCGAAGAGUUAAACCAAUGCAGACGUGUUGUAGUAAUGAUGAGAUUUAUCUCAUUAUCGGUGGUGGUUGUGCUGCUAUUCUAUGUGCUGAAACUUUACGACAAGAAGGAUUUAAAGGCCAAGUCAUCAUGGCCACACAAGAAUGUCACGUGCCAUAUGACCGAACUAAACUUAGUAAGAUGUUGAAUGCAGAGGCGGAGAAGUUGUACUUACGAAAAGAAGCAUUCUUGAAAGAAAAAGAUAUUGAAAUACAAUUUAACAAGAAGGCGUGUUCUGUCGAUUCAACAAAGAGCACAGUUAGUUUUUCUGAUGGCUCUGUUCAGCAGUACACUAAACUAUUUGUUGCUACUGGCGGACAACCACGUGUAUUGUCAAUACCUGGUCAUGAUUUGCAAAACAUCUUUUAUCUACGAUCACCAGAAGACGCUAACAAGAUUCAUGAAUCGUCACAAGGAAAAGAUGUUGUCAUUUUGGGCACUGGAUUCAUUGGGAUGGAAAUAGCAGCCUACUUAACUGGCAAAGCCAAAUCAGUAACUGUAGUUGGUAGCGGUCAAACUAAGGUUCCAUUUGGAAAGUUGCUAGGUGAAGAAGUUGGAAGUAGAUUUAUGAAGAUGCAUAUGGAUAAAGGAGUCAAAUUUCAUCUCGACCAACCAGUAAAAGAAAUCAAAGGUACUGGUGGAAAGGUUGCAGGUGUUGUAUUACACGAUGAUCAAGUUCUUCCUGCAGAUGUCGUGUUGUCUGGGAUUGGUGUCGUGCCUUCCACUGGAUUCAUGAAAGACACAAAUGUGCAGAUGAACAAGUAUGGACACAUCAUUGUUGAUAAGUUCAUGAAAGCUGGCGAAGGAAUCUAUGCUGGAGGUGAUAUUGUUUCGUAUCCUUAUUGCCAUGACAACGAUUGCAUGAUAAAUAUUGGUCACUGGCAACUCGCUUCUGCCCACGGUCGCGUUGCAGCCAUGAACAUGCUGGGAAAGAAAACACCGUGUGUAACCGUCCCUUUCUUCUGGACAGGUCAAUUUGGAAAAUCACUUCGAUACGCAGGUCAUUGUUCAUCCUUUGAUGAAAUCGUAUACGAAGGAGAUGUGGAAGACAUGAAAUUUGCAGCAUAUUAUUUAAGAGAGGGAAAAGUUCAUGCGAUCGCUUGUAUGAAUAUGGGUGCAAAAGCAUCAGAAGUCGCGUUCGAAUUGCAAAAUGGCUGUUUUCCCUGUCCAGAACAUUUAAGGGUAGUAAGUUCGUCAAAACAUUUGUCCUCACACAAGGUUGGUGAGCAUAAUUUUUUCAGGUAUGGUGUCGGAAUAGCGCUUUUUUCUGUCGCAUGCGUCAUAAUCGCUCGAAAAUUUAAUGUCUUUUCUACAAGAAAUUUGUAAUUUUAAUAAUGGUGUUAUAUUUUUCAAAAUGUUGUACAAAUUAUCUUUUGUAAAAUAUCGUUCAGUUUUGGAAAUUUUUGUACUUUUUUUUGUAUGCAAAUACAUUUGAUAUUGGAA